AUGGACUUUAAGAGAACUGCUAAACAAGUUACUGACAACUAUAUAAGGGAAAAAGAAAUUCAAGACGAAAAUGCGAAAAUACUUAAACGAAUCAAGCCUAAGGCCAACAUUAACGACAAAAUAUUGAAGGAUCCGGGAGAAUUUCGAAAAAGCCGAGUGCCCCGAAUUGAGGAGCUCGUUAGUUUUCCUUCCCAUGAUCCUUCGUUGAUGUCACUGAAACAAUUGCGAGAGCAUGUACGGGAGAGGGCAAAAACCAUUAGAGCUGAAAAUCGUGACAAAGAAAUGAAACCCAACUCGGAAAUGCCCAAAUUUAAACAGUCAGACAAACUUUCCAUAGGCCUUCAUGGAGGAGGAGGAGAAGAAGGAGAAGCAGAAGAAGACAAAGAAUGCGAAGAAAAUUUGACCUGCGAAGACCAACUACGCGUUAGAGUACCCUUCUUUUUCUUCGAACAGCACAUUGAGCGCUUUACAAAGGACCAAUUAAAAAGUCUGGAGUACUGGCAAACAGUGACACGACACCAAUGCGAUCACCAACACGCAGAGCUUCUAGACCACCUCGACGACUCACAUUCCUACUUCAAUCGUCUUCACAAUAAAGACCCACCCUAUUGGCAGACUGGACUGCUCGAUGUGGGGAAUUUGUAUGCCUAUCGUUAUAAAGAUAUGAUGAGGCAUUUACUUGGCGAGAAUAAGCAUGAUAGGAAUUCCUCCCGGGAGACUUUAAUAAGCGAUAAAGAAUAUGCGUUAGAAGUGAAUGAAUUCAUGAAAAUAUGCGCUCUGGCUGAACGACUAUUCUAUUGUCAAAGCCUACGAAUUUACGGGGAGGAAGGUUAUGCGAUGCAACAGGGCAAUUUAGAAAAGGCCGACUUUCACUUGAUCAUAAAGAAGUUGGGAAAUGUAAAGCUGACCGAUUCGUUGCAAAAAUUCUUUCAACGCUUAGACUUAUUUAAAUAA